UUGUCCCUUUUAACCAACAAAUACAGACCCAGUCAUCAUACACAACUAAAACAUUAAAAAUUUUUACAUAAACCACCAAAGAAAUGGAGAACCCAUCUCUUGAUAAUUUCAAUUCACUAACAAUGACACCAUUAUCAAAUGAAUUCCAACAAACCUAAGUUACUACACUGACCAGGCUCAAUCAUCAAAGAUAAAUCUCUAUAUAUGCUUAAAAAUACACAUCCUUUUCAACCACCAAACAGAUAGGGAAAAGUGUUCAAUUUUAUAUAUGAUAUUAAGAUAAACACUAGUCCAUUUGAUGUUGAAAAACGAAACAAAAACCAUAUAAGAAUAAUGCAAUAUACCUGUAUUUUCAUUUCUUAAGCAGCAUGAUGGAGCCUGGUGAGCCUGGACCAGUGCAAGUGGGAUUCUGAAUGAUGCGCCAUAAGAAGAUAUUUCCCUGUGGAUAAUUAAUAAACAAAAAACCAAAGUACAUCUUUUCUCAAUCACAAUCAAAGAGAGAGUACUCUUGAUCCAUACUUCAGGUGAUAAAUAUCUAAGAUUUAUAUAUUCUUCUUCUCUGUUAUCAUGCUCAUAAUCUAUAGAGAGAUUAAAAAAACAUAUAUGCAAACAAGUCCAUUGUGGGAACCUACUCACCCAACACAACCACCUUCUCCGCACAAGUCCAGAACACAUCAUCUACCCCUAAACCAAACAAAUCGAGCAGCCAAUUAAACCAUUCUUCGCCUACAAAAUCUGUUGCCACCAAGUUAGUUGUUCUCUGACUUAAAUACGAGAAAUAUAGAGAGGGAGUUUACUUCAAUUAUGGCUUCAGCUGAGCCACCGGCCGCAUCACCAAGCCUCAUUUACAUGCCUCUGGUUAUAGCUCUGUGCAUCAUAGCUUCUGUAGUAUUAGCACUGCUGGCUCUGCAUUCCAUGAUAGUCAGGCUCUGCUCCGGAGAUAGGAGGGAGACAUCUCAGGCUGCCAUCGCUGGCGGAGUGGAGAAGAAGGUGGUAGACGCCAUACCUGUCCAUGCUUACACAAAGAAAGAGAAGUCAUUGUGGUUGAGCCAGAAUGAUUGUCCAGUGUGUCUGGGAGAACUGGAAGAAGGGGAGCCGAUCAAGGUGUUGCCGGAUUGUCACCAUAUCUUCCAUGUCUUGUGCAUAGAUACCUGGUUAGCAUUCCAUUCGACUUGCCCAUUUUGUCGGUGUGAAAUAACCAUGUCUGAUUCUCUAGUUGUGCCUGAGGGUGAUGGUGUUAGUGGUGGUGGUGGUGAUGCAAGUUCAGCAUGCCCAUCUACUUCUGGUUCUAUUCUAAUGCAUUUCAUGGAGAUGCUGAAGUUAAGAAGCUCCCUGGAACUACAGCAGAACAUUCAGCAACAUCCUUCAGAUGGUUCUUCCAGACGUGCAUGUGUUAUGGUGUAAAGUAGAGGUUUUGUGUACGAAAUCAAGAACUAUUUAUAGAUUAUACUCAGAGCAAGCUUUGCAUGCUCCCAUGAACGACCUCUCUGUAACCAGUUAAAAGUGGAAAUUUUGACAUUUGAACACAACCUUAUAUUUGCAAAUAUUUCCUGUGAAAUUCAUGACUGUAUACCCACGUAAAACUAAGAUUCUUACAGGUGGAAACAUUCGAAGGUGCAUAUAUGUAAACAUUAAUGGCAUAAUAUGUUUUGCAAAGGUUAAAUGACAAGAAUUUUAUUUCUAAAGGGGUACAAAAGCAAUUUUUACAAUUCUUGCAAGGAUUUGAUUCAUAAUAAUUAUAUGGUUUGUAAGGGUAUAAAUGACAAAACUCUAUAGCUAAACAGGAUAGCAACCAACAUUAAUAUCUGAGGAACAAAUUUGUCAAAAGAAGUAAAGGCGGACUCAAUGACGAGAUUCUCUGGCCAAUCUAAUGAACAACACAAGAGGCUUAAAACUCCUGAUAAGAAACAGUUGUGAAAUAUCUACUGCUGAAAACAUCAUUAAUUAAAAUACCAAGAAAUCCAUAAAGAAGAAAAAAUAAUCAUACCUGGGUUGACAAAGACCAAGUGGUGAAUAAUUUAUACCUGCGUCUCCUGAACUUUCAAAAUAAUGAAGAGUGAUCUCACAAUUUUAACAAGUGGAGAAGAACCAUAGUAUGAGACAUUAACAUCAGCACCAACUACUCAUUAGCUAUAAAUACGCAACAAGAAGACUCUUGUGCAGCCAAGAAUCUAAAAGACACAACUCACAAGUAUCAAAUGCACCCAACCAAUUUCUAGUAUAUACAUUGAUAUAAAUAAGAAAUAAAGUCAACGUACACAUUUGGACCACAAUAUGGAAAAUGAAAGAGACUGACACCAACUAGCCACAUUUUUAAAUGAUGCCUUUCACAAGUCUAUAUGUUGCUAAUUAUACUAUUUGAAUCAAGCUCAAGCUUACAAUAAGGUAAUCCAAUUAAAAUUUAAUAUAACCUUGUCAAUUUAGUACCAAAAGAAAAUAAAGGCUGCAUCAGAAUCCAACAAGAUGUAAAUAAACAACUCCAAAAAAAAAA